CUCUCCACAAUUCUACAUCUUUCCCUGUCACUAUUACUACUAUUAUACUCCAAUCCAGCUUUUUAAACAUUUCUCCACUAACCCCUCCAAAAACGACAAACACCAACUGUUGAAACGACGCCACAAUCACCCGAAAUUUCCUACUAUCUUCAACUCCCACCACUCUCUCUCUCUCUAAAACUUCUCGUCUCUUCUCUCUCCAAAAACCCCUGGACCCACUAUCCACGGAGGAGAGAGAAAGUGGUGGUCCACUGGUGGUUGCAGCGGCGGCGUUAGUGGUGGAGGAGAGAGAUUGAGAAUAAAUGGACCAAUCAUUAUUAGAUGAUAUAAUCCGUCGUUUACUCGAAGUUCGAGGUCGUCCAGGAAAACAAGUUCAGCUUUCUGAGGCUGAGAUCCGUCAACUUUGUUUAGUUUCUAAAGAUAUCUUCUUAAAACAACCUAAUCUUCUUGAACUUGAAGCACCCAUCAAAGUUUGUGGCGAUAUACAUGGUCAAUAUUCUGAUCUUCUAAGACUUUUUGAGUAUGGUGGAUUGCCUCCGCAAGCAAAUUACUUAUUUUUGGGCGAUUAUGUUGACAGAGGCAAACAAAGCCUGGAGACUAUUUGCCUUCUUCUUGCGUAUAAAAUAAGAUAUCCUGAAAACUUCUUUCUCCUGAGGGGAAACCAUGAGUGUGCCUCCAUAAAUCGUAUCUAUGGAUUUUAUGAUGAAUGCAAGAGAAGAUUUAAUGUUAAAUUAUGGAAAGUCUUCACCGAAAGUUUCAACUGUUUACCAGUUGCAGCCCUUAUUGAUGAAAAAAUUCUGUGCAUGCAUGGAGGCCUCUCACCUGACCUGCACAAUCUGGAUCAGAUCCGAAAUAUGCAGCGUCCUGCUGAUGUGCCUGAUACAGGUUUGCUUUGUGACCUUCUGUGGUCAGAUCCUAGCAAAGACGUACAAGGCUGGGGUAUGAAUGAUAGGGGAGUUUCAUAUACAUUUGGUGCUGACAAGGUGACAGAGUUUCUUGAGAAGCAUGAUUUAGACCUUGUCUGCCGUGCACAUCAGGUGGUGGAGGAUGGAUAUGAAUUUUUUGCAAAUCGGCAGCUUGUAACCAUAUUUUCUGCACCUAAUUAUUGUGGCGAGUUUGAUAAUGCUGGUGCUAUGAUGAGUGUGGAUGACACUCUCAUGUGCUCGUUCCAGAUACUAAAGCCUGCGGAAAAGAAGUCUAAGUUCAACUUUGGAAGCAGUACUACUACCGCUAAGCCAAGUAACGGAGUCAACUUUUUUGGGAGCUCUACAACAAUGAAAUCUGGAACUUCUCUCCCAGGGAUCAAGUCAUACCUUGGUGGUGCUUGAAGUUGGUAGGCAAUGCCUUUUGCCGAAAUGAGCAUUCUUCGCAGCGCACAAAGUUCCCAUAGACCCAUUAACUUGUGAUGCAGGUGAUGUGAUCUAGAUAAACCAUGGAGAGAUCAAAUCUGGUGUCUGAUAAAAUGUAAAGAAGGGUAGGAGAAUUUCAAAUGUGAUCUAAAGAGUAUUUUAGACUCAAGUUUCACGAAGAAAGGCUAGUUGUUCGUUCCGUUCUAUGGUGUAGACUAGCAGCUAUACUGCUUGCCGCUAAAACUUGUAUGUACACUUUGAACCGUGUCUCUGUCUACCUCUCUCGAUUUUUCGUCUGAGACUGUAAAAAUCUUCUGAACUCAUCGUCGUCAGCACUGGCAACCCUGAUAGCAGGUAACCCAAUUUUUACCUGUCUUCCUUUUUUUGUAACCCUGAUAUGAGGAUUAUUGUAUUUCUCCUCA